AUGAGAAUAUCCCUUGGACUCAGCUUCUUCCUGGCUGUCCUGAACCCAGGGACCUGCCUUCAGUGUGAGAUAUGUCACAGCAUGGGUAAAAGCUGCUUUGGCCCCAUGAAAACCUGCACUGGUGGUGAAGACACCUGUGGCAUUAUUCUGCAUGAGGUCCUAAUAGGGGGAAUGGCCAUCUCUUCAUCCAUCAAGUCCUGCCUGCCAUCCCACGUCUGCCACCUUGGUCCUGUCACCGUGAACUAUGGGAAGGUGAAAGCAAAGAGCCACUUGGUUUGCUGCACGGGCGAUGACUGCCGGACCACCUCCGUGUCCUUGCCACCAGAUAACGAUGUGCCCAAUGGAUAUCAGUGUCCUGCCUGCUACAGUGUGGACUCCUUUCAGUGUGGUAAUGAAGUUGUAAACUGCACUGGAUCUGAAGACCAAUGUGUUGACCUUGCUGGAUUAAUGAAUGCUGGUGGACUGUCUCUGAAAGCUGCCAUGAAGGGUUGCACCACCAUUUCUGAAUGCAGUAUGGUAGGAGAUGGAAAAAACAGCCUGGGGAUGAUGGACAUAAAGUUGAAACGGUUCCAGUGCAGACCAGCUUCUGUUAUGUACAGCAUGGCAUUCACUGGGGCUGCCCCUCCACACACGACCUUCCUUCCUGUCCUGUCAGGAUUCAUCCUGGAGAAGGUAGUUUUCUGA